AUGUCCUCAAAAAGAGGGCGCAAAAGAAACGACAAUCUUCCUCCGAACCGUGCUAGAGAUGUCCAGCGUGCUUUCCGCGCCCGACGCGCUGCUCAUCUUCAGGCCUUGGAGCAGAGGGUGUCAGAGCUCGAGGAAGAGAAUGGUUGUCUCCGUCAGGCGUUAAAUCUUCCACCAUCAAAUCGAAUACCUCUGGGUAAAGGUCCCACCGGCAAAGACAAGGCGAAAAAUUACGAUACAGGAAGCGCAGGAGGAAGCCAGUCGUUGGGAUUCCACUCAAGUCGCGAAUCGUCCUCCCCCGAGUCUCCUAGGUCGCGUGGAAGCUCGCAGUCGCCUUCGACGAUGACGGUUUCUAUGUCUGGUUCUUCACGCCCCAUGACGGUUAUUGAGCCCAACUCCUGGUCCGAUUCCAUGCUGCUGAACGACCACCAGCAGCAUCACCAGCAACAUCAGCAUUCCGACGUCGCUGGCCCUUCGGAUUCUGGCUACCACAUCGCGUCUGUCUCAGCUCCUUUACCACUCAAGGCUCUUCAAUAUCCUUACAACGGCGCGACCAAUAGCAAUGGGUUCCAGCCAGCACCACGUCCGUUAUCGAGCAAUCUGUACACCGGAAGUCCCAGCAAUUAUUCGCACUCCUCCGACCGUCCCAUAACCAACAACUACGGCAGUCAAAACUUCAAUGUUCGUACUGAAAUUCGCGAGGAACCCCGUCAACAAUAUAACUAUGCCCAAUCCUUCCCCUCUCACGACCCCAACAUGCACAGCCAAACUCCGCCUCCUCCUAACAUCACCUCGCAGCCUCACUCUCAUCAUAAUACCAACAACCCACGCGAUUCGCCCCUUCCUUACCCACAUAGACGAUCUCUAACUGAUCCCCAGGGAUUUUCUAUCGGGCAAGGUUUCCCUCAUCUCCCUAACCCCGCUCAACUCCAACACACAUCGAGGACCCCCGAUUAUUUGCGUCAGCAGGAUAAUAUUCAUCUGACAGCCCCCUCUCGCUCUGGACCAUAUGGACCUGAUGGUCGUCUCAACCCUGUCCCUUGA